AAGAAGAAAGUACAAAUGAUCAACCUUCAAUAGUUUUUAAAGAAAACGACUGGACACGAGUUAAAGAGGGCGCUGCAUCGAGAGCUCGAGCUGAGGGUAAUGACCGUGACUGCUUUGUGGUAGAAAAUCCCAACAGAUAUUCCAUACUGAACGACGAAGCGACAAGCGACCAAGAAACAACAAAAUCAGCCCAAACGGAAAGUAAGAAGGAAAAUCAUCCGAGAAAGAAAAAGUCAGGUGAACGUAAAUCUGAUGACCCCACAACAGACUAUGAAACUGUAAUUGUUGUGGGAGAUUCAAUGAUCAAACACCUCGACAAAGGACGACUACGAAGAUCAGUAGCUAAGAAAGCUCUGAAAAUCUCUACGGAAUCUUACAGUGGUGCGAACUGUGAUGCCAUGAAACAUCAUAUCAGACCCUGUCUCGCUAAAAAUCCUGAUACAGUGAUUCUACACGUCGGCACUAACGAUAUGGCACAGAAAAAUGCGAAAGAAAUUGUGAAAGGAGUCGUUGAAAUUGGUAAUAUUAUCCAGAACCAAAGUCCCAACACCAAAGUGGUCAUAUCUGAGCUGAUCACAAGGACGGACACACCAGAAAACAGAAGAAAAGUGGCUGAGGUAAAUGCUGUUCUUUUAACUAAUUGUAAGAAGAACAAAUGGGGUCAUAUAACCCAUGCAAAUAUCCAAGCAAAACAUAUUAAUCCAUAUGGUAUCCAUCUCAAUAGAGCAGGAACACCAAUGUUAGCUAAGAAUAUUAUAAGUUUUUUGAAUGAGCAAAAUUGA